AUGACUUUUAGGAUGGAUAUACUCUUUUAUUUACUGUUGGUUGUUGGCAAGGCUGUUUCUAAGAAAGGGGUGAAAUGUGGUGGGAUCCUCUCUGCCUCUUCCGGCAACAUCUCCAGCCCCAACUACCCAGGUCUAUACCCGUACAACAUGGAGUGUGUGUGGCUGAUUGUAGUGGCCGAGGGGUCCUCCGUCCUGCUCACCUUCCACGACUUUGAGUUGGAGUAUCACGUCACCUGCUCCUAUGACCACAUCAAGAUCUAUAACGGUGUAUCCGAGGACGAGGGGAACCUACUGGGGACGUUCUGUGGUGUCAUGUCCCCUCCUCAGUUCACCUCCUCCUGGAAUGUUAUGUCGAUCAUUUUCCACUCCGAUCGUCAUGUGACUCACAGAGGGUUCUCUGUGAGCUACAGGAAAGACAUGUGUGGUGGGGUCCUAACCGGUCUGUCUGGCAUCAUCUCCAGCCCCGGCUACAGUCCAGAUACCCAGUACAGCAACAACGCCGACUGUUCCUGGACGGUCCAUGUAUCCAACCGCAGCGUGGUCAGUCUGGUCUUCCUCGACUUCCAGCUGGAGAACAACGAGGGCUGUAAUUUUGACUUCGUGGCUCUCUUCGACGGCCCCACCGUCACCCACAGACACCUGGGGAACUACUGUGGAGGGGAGACACCUCCUAAAAUUGUUACUACCUCCAACCAGCUGCUGGUGGUGUUCAAGUCUGACUUCAACAUCGGGGGACGAGGGUUCAAGGCUUACUACUACUCAGGUGAAUGCCAGCAGGUGCUGUCUGUACCAAGUGCGAAUUUCACCAGCCCCCACUACCCUAACAUCUACCCAAACAACAUCAACUGUCACUGGACCAUCAACCUGGCCGGGGGCUACCGCAUCAAACUGUUCUUCAACGCUAUGGAGCUGGAGGACAGGAACAGCCUAUCAGACGAGUGUGACUAUGACUCUGUAGCAGUGCAUGAUGGGAGCAGGGAGACAGCCCCGUUGCUAGGGCGAUGGUGUGGCUCGGAACAACCCGGGUCUUUGAUCUCUAAGAGCAACAACAUGCUGGUGGUCCUCAGUACAGACAGGAAUUAUGCUUAUAAAGGGUUCUCUGCUUCCUACGUUGGAGUGGUACCAGUUAACAUCAGCUGUACGAGGACAGAGUUUACCAUCCACAUCUCCCAGCAGUCACUGCCUGGGCUGGAACGUGAGAGUAUCUAUCUGGGGGACCGCUCAUGUCCCGCCCAGCUGACACCUACCACCUAUAAGAUACUGGCACGAUUUGAAAAAUGUGGCACUGCAGGCCAGCCACGGCGUAACAUCACCAUGCUGGUGAACACGCUCUACAUCGACUUCUCCGACGGGAAGGGGAGGAGCAUCCAGGAGUACGAGGUACAGUGCGACGCCCAGCGCAAGAUGGCCACCAUUCACAUUGUCUCAGCCGAGGAGCGUCAGAGGAUGAACGAGCUGGCCCGACGCCAAGCAGAGGGGUCUGGGGGAGGGGGAGGGAAGGAGGCAGACCCAGAGCCUCACGACCCCAGUGAUAUAGUGUUUAUUAGCAUCUGUGUGCUGGCUGUUGUACUGAUGGUGAUCGCUGUAAUCUGGCUGGUACUGCUUUAG